AUGGCGCUGGACCUUUCAGAUGAAGAAUCAUCCAGAGUACGACUGAAUCGACGACCAAGGCCGACAGAUUCAACACUCUACGGCUCCGAACUCCCAUCAUUCGACACCAACACACGCUCGAAUCCAUCCUAUGGACGUCCUAGUGUUGCAGAUGUCUCCUUUGCAUCCGCGAAUAUGGUCGACUUGGACGACGAGGGGUUGUAUGGCGAAGGCGAGGAGACUACAGUCCGGGCUCUGAUGCGAAGAUGGAUCGACGAGCGACUGGCUCCUGAUCUACUACCCUGGCAAGGCGAACUCGUGGGCGAGAUCCUCGAGAGACUGCAGAGUCAAAACGAGAUUGUAGUCACACUCCAGGGUAAUGCAAACACUACAGAGGAAGAACACUUUGCGGUCAUGCUCGUACAGACAGAGGUUGAACGAAUCAAGUUUGUGCUCAGAAGCUAUCUCCGAUGUCGCCUACAAAAGAUUGAACAAUACACGCCGUAUAUUCUUGCCACUCCCGACGUUCAGAGAAACCUUUCAGAACUCGAACAAAACUAUGUUCAAAGAUAUGGUGAUCUGAUAGGACGACACUUUCAGCAAACAACCCUGGACCAACUUCCAGCGCACAUGCACUCCCUCGCAGAGGAACACCCAAACACACCCAGCAUGAUCACCGAGCCAAACAAGUCGAAAGCCGUCUUCUUCUUUGUACGAGACGCAGAUUGUCCACCAAUGGCAUUACCAGGCGGAAAGUCCAUCGAGCUCAAAAAGGGGUCUAUACAUCUCGCACAGUAUCGACUAGUAGAAGACUUUCUUCGAAACGACUCGGUCGAACUGGUGUAG